UACUUUUUCUUUUUCUUUUUUUUUUUAAACCGAGUGCGCUGACCUCGCAGUGUCUACAACAGACAAUUAAGGUGGUGGUGGGGAAAAAAAGAAAAAGAAAGAAAGAAGGGCGAGGAUAUAUCCUCAUACAGCUGGUUAAAUUAUUUAGCUAGCUACUUGUAUGAAUAAGUGAUUACUGCUCAAGACGCGUAGCAGAGAAUGGCUGAGCAAAGGAGCGGAUAUCGGCAGCUAACCAAUGAGGAGGAGACGGAGACACCUGAGGUGCCCCAGCAGGGAGCUGAUGCUCCUCCUCCUUACACCAGCAUCGCCGCUGACACGGCCUUCUUUGAUUACAAAGAUGAGGGGAAUUACCCCAAGCCCCCGUCAUACAACGUCGCCACGUCUUUGCCAUCGUACGACGAAGCAGAGAGAAACAAGGCCGAGUCCAGCGUUCCUCUGAUGCCUACACGGGACGAGGAUUUCGUCUCCAGAGACGACUUUGACGACGUCGACCAGCUGCGAGUCGGGAAUGACGGCAUAUUCAUGCUAACGUUUUUUAUGGCUUUCCUUUUCAACUGGAUUGGCUUCUUUCUGUCAUUUUGCCUGACCACUUCUGCAGCGGGGCGCUACGGCGCAGUCUCUGGGUUCGGCCUCUCCCUGGUUAAGUGGGUCCUGAUUGUCAGGUUCUCCACAUAUUUUCCGGGUUACUUUGAUGGACAGUACUGGCUGUGGUGGGUGUUUCUGGUUGUAGGAUUCCUACUGUUUAUCAGAGGGUUUGUUAAUUACUCUAGAGUGCGCAACAUGGCUGAUCAUUCCUUCCCAACCGUUUCUCGCACCAGAGUCCUUUUUAUCUACUGAAGAUUUUGCAUCUCAGGACUGUUAUGAAAUCCGCAAAAUGGCGAAAUUCGGCUUUGAAUCUUCAGAAAACGGCGCUAAGCAGAAGCCGCUGCUAAUAAAUGCAAAUAAAUGAGAAAUUAAAAAAAAGAAAAAAAAAAAAAGAUUUAGGUACAGUUAUGUAUAUUUACCAGGCUGUUGAUAGCCCUCUAAUCAAGUAUUUAUCUGUAACUAAUUUCCAGUGCAAUCAAUCAUGGUGACAGAUGCAUUGUCUCUUAAUAUUCCUUAAUCAGCACACUGAUGGUUAUAACGAACAGCCCUAUAGGCGCCACAGCUUUAGACAGGUAAUGCCUUGCAAAACAAACACUGCACCCAGUGAAUAUCUUGAAUGAUGCCCGUUAAACCCAUUUUACACCAGAUGCAAUGCAGCAACCACGCUGUAAUGCUUUUCAAUUCGUACAAACGUAGGGGAAAAUCCAGAGCAUCGAGCGCCUGUGCGUUCUCUCGCCAUGGCUGUUUCAAUAGAACGUGCGGUUAUCUGAAUUCAGUAUCCGAUUAUUAAACACAAUUUAUAUCGUUUCUAAAGUUUGAGGAUUUCACUCCUGUGUUUGAUUUCAUAGUGUUGCAUUAUGAUUUAUUGUUGUAGUAUUAAAAAACCCAUAUGGUGUAAGAUUACGGGCCUAUGACGGCACUCAGUGAGUUCAGCUAACGUAAAAGGACACAUCAGUUAACGUAGGAGUGUGUUUCAAGCAGCACAGGUGUGGCAUCUGGUGUAAAAUGGGCUUUAGUGUCGUCAUUUAUAGAGUGCCGGGGAGAAAUUUUUAGUUUUACUUUGAGAGUAAGUAUUAUAACCUUUUUUUUUUUUUUUUUUUUUGUGAAAUAUAAUGUUUAGAUGUAUUAGGUACAGUGGAAUAUCAGAUGUUAUUUUACACUUGCACUUUGAAGAUGUUUUGAAGGUAAAGCAACAGUCAGUUUCAAAGUGUAGGCCUUUACUCCAAAAUCAUGAUUAAUGAGUCUCAGAAUGAUCGAUCUAACAUUUAAAAAAGGGUCUCGCUAUUGUGAUUAGGACCAAAUAAUCAAAAGAAGCUUUUCAGUCUGAUGCACACCGAUUUGUAAUGCAGUGACACCUAAAAUUGUACCUGUAUUUUUCUGUGCUCUGUAUCAUGAACAACGGUAAUUUAUAAUGCCAAAAGUAUCAGUACGUAAUCCACUGUCUUGUUGAUGUUCUUAAGUUUCCGUGACAUGCAUGGUGAUUAAACAGUUCUGCACAUUGUGGUAUAAUGUGGUUUAUAUGUUUACACUUGUGCAAAAAUAACUUUUAAUAAACAUUGCUUCUAUACCGACA